GUUUUGAUUUGCCGUAACUACAUGGGGAACAUGGACAUGAAUGAGAUUGACCACUUCAUGCCCAUCCUGAUGAAGAGGGAGGAAGACGCUGAGAUGGCGCCGYUGGUCAGCCGUGGCUCGACGCACUUCCUGUGGAUCAAACACAGCAACAUUUACUUGGUGGCGAUGACUAAGAAAAAUGCCAACGCUGCCCUCGUAUACUCCUUUCUUUAUAAAAUAGUACAGGUAUUUAAAGAGUACUUUAAGGAGCUCGAAGAGGAGAGUAUUCGUGAUAACUUUGUUACGGUGUAUGAGCUGAUGGACGAAGUGAUGGACUUUGGAUUCCCCCAAACAACUGAGAGCAAGAUCCUGCAAGAGUACAUCACCCAGCAGGGUCAUAAGCUAGAGGUAGGGGCACCUCGACCACCUGCCACUGUCACCAACGCUGUGUCGUGGCGUUCAGAGGGCAUCAAGUACAGGAAGAAUGAAGUUUUCAUGGACGUUAUAGAGUCAGUAAAUCUGCUGGUGAGUGGCAGUGGCAGUGUCCUGCGCAGUGAAAUAGUGGGUAGCAUCAAGCUCAAAGUCGUCCUGUCAGGAAUGCCAGAACUCCGACUGGGCCUCAAUGACAAAGUGCUGUUUGAGAUCACAGGCAGUGAAGCCUCUUAUAUGGAUUGAGAGUGUGAUUGAAAAGUUCUCUCACAGUCGUGUGGAGAUCAAAGUCAAGGCUCGGAGUCAGUUUAAGAGCCGGUCUACUGCCAACAACGUCUCCAUUAUGGUGCCGGUGCCCAGUGAUGCUGACUCACCCAAGUUCAAGACCAGCACAGGCAGCGCCAAGUGGGUGCCGGAGAAGAGCGUGGUACAGUGGAACAUCAAAUCCUUCCCGGGGGGUAAGGAGUACAUGAUGCGAGCACACUUUGGUCUACCUAGCGUAGAGAGUGACGAGUUGGAGGCCAAGCGACCCAUCACUGUUAAUUUUGAGAUUCCUUAUUUCACUGUGUCUGGGAUUCAGGUGCGAUACCUGAAAAUUAUAGAGAAGAGUGGUUACCAGGCAUUGCCGUGGGUGCGCUACAUCACACAAAGUGGAG